AUGGAAAGUAAAGAAGGAUUUGAUGAAUUUAUACUUGAUUCAUUUCGAUACAUUGGAGGAAGAAGAUUUCAUAAUGUAUUUGAUGCAAAAUAUUUCUUUCCAAAUGAUAUUGGAGAAAUUGAUCGUCUUCAAGGAGAACACUAUUUACUUCAACAUAUUUGGAAAGGAGAUUUUUCAUCCCCCGUUCAAAAGACUUUAAGAAAGCCUGGGGCAACUGUUUUGGACGUUGGUUGCGGUCCAGGUUCAUGGGUAAUUGAUAUGGCACGCGCUUUUCCAUCGGCAAUAUUUAUUGGUUUGGAUAUUUCUCCAAUAUUUCCUUCUGAGCAGAAAAAACUACCUAAUGCAUCUUUCCUUCAAUCAAAUUUGUUAAAUGGUCUUCCCUUUCCGGAAGGUACAUUUGAUUUUAUUCACCAAAGAUUUCUCAAUACAGCAUUGGAAGAAUCUCAAUGGAAAGAUGAAGUAAUUUUAGAACUUAUUAGAAAAACUAAACCUGGUGUUGAAGGUUGUAAAUCCGGUGAACCUUUUUCUCAAAAUUAUCAUAAAUUAUUUACUUCAUUCUCUGAAUUUCUUGCCAAACGUAAUAUAAAUUUAAAAAUUUGUCCCAUUAUUGAAAAUAUUCUGAGAAAUAAUAUGCAACUUCAAAAUGUUAAACAUGAAAGACGUUCAGUUCCUAUUGGAAAAUGGGGUGGAAGACUUGCUAUUAAACCUUCUUUGUCACGAUUUAUGGGGAUUACUCAUGAGGAAUUUGAUAAAACUUUACAAUUAUGUUGUUCAGAUCUUGAUUCGAGCAAAUAUAGUUGGAACAUUUCUAGUGAAACAUUGGUGGGUGAGAUGUCAUCUUCAAUGGGUUCCCAAAUCGAUUUCUCAAAUGAUAUUUUCUUAUCAGAAAAGGUACGAACUGAUUGUACAGAUGGAAUCGUAGAUGAUAACAACAGCAACAGUUCAUGUUUGAAAGAUAAUACCAGGCCAGGACAGAUAUCAUUUGUAAUAAUGAGGCUGAGGGAAUUUGAAGAAUAUGAAGAAUUUGAGAUUGAACUAGAGGAGGAUUUAGACAAUGAAAAUGAACUAGAAGAUGAUUUAGCUAAUGAAAAUGAUCAAAAAAUACUAAUAAGAAUGCAGAUAAAAAUAUAG